AUGAUGGCCAAGUAUCUCGCGCUUCUUCUUCUUCUUCUUUCCACUGUUACUGCUCAAUUAUACAUGAGCAACAACAUGGUUUUCGACUACCCGGAUGAAGAAAUCGCAAUGAAUUGUGAGCAUUUCAACUAGUAUUUAAGAAAAUGAACUCGAGGUUUCAGACCUGCCCGUCUUCGAAAGUUACCCGGAUGUUCUCCCAGAGUAUCGCGUCUUAUCCUACCCUCCUCCGUCUACAUCAAGACAGGUAUUCAUCCAACUUUUGCGGUUUAAAAUUUUCUUUGCUUAUGUCAGAUGUGGACUGGAUGCGGAUGUGCCGAAGCCAAAACCUAUGGUGAUUAUCUGAGGUCGAGACCAAAAUCCAGAGGCCAGAGAAUGUUGGCCUACUACCAGAUGAUGUAG